AUUUCUCUUUCUGUAUCUGGCUUAUUUCUCUUAGCAUAAUGAUCUCUAAGUUUAUAGUUCACAUUGUCACAAAUGGCAGAGUUUCCUUUUUUUUUCUUUUUGAGUCGGAGUUUCUCUCUUGUCCAGGCUGGAGUGCAGUGGCAUGAUCUCAGCUCACUACAGCCUCCGCCUCUCAGGUUCAAGCAAUUCUCCUGCCUCUGCCUCCCAAGCAGCAGGCGUCUGCCACACCUGGCUAAUUUUUUCUUUAGUAGAGAUGGGGUUUUAGCAGGUUGGCCAGGCUGGUCUCGAACUUGUGAUCUCAGUUGAUCCACCUGCCUCAGCCUCCCAAAGUGCAUGGAUUACAGGUGUGAGCCACCGUGCCUGGCCAAAAUUUUCUCCUUUAAGGCUGAAUAAUAUUCCAUUGUGUAUAUAUACUAUAAUUUCUUUCUCCAUUUAUCCAUCAAUGGACACUUGAGUAGUUUCCAUAUGUGGAUUAUUGUGAGUAAUGCUGCAGUAAACAUGGGAGUGAAGAUACCUCUUUAUGAUGCUGAUUUCAUUUCCUUCAGAUACAUACCCAGAAGUGAUAUUGCUGGGUCAUAUUAUUUUUAGUAUUUUGAGAAAUCUCCAUACUAUAUGCUAUAAUGGCUAUACUAAGUUACCUUCCCACUAACAGUGUAUAAUGGUUCCCUUUGCUCCAUAUUCUUGCCAUCUUGUUAAUGUUUUACCUUUUUAAUAAUACCCAACCUAACAGGUGAAAAUAUCACGUGUACUUGAGAAGAAUAUGUAUGCUGCCGUUGUUAGAUAGAGUGUAGAGUGUUCUGUAUGUGUCCAUUAGGUCUAGUUUAUUGUGUUAAGUCCUCUUUUUCCUCACGUCUGAUUCUCCUAUCCAUUAUUAAGAAUGGGGUAUUGAAGUCCCCAGCUACUGUUGUAAAACCGUUUCUCCCUCAGUUUUUGCUUCAUAUGUUUAGGUGGUCUGUUACUAGGUGUGUAGAUGUUCAUAAUUGUCAUAUUUUCUUGCAGUAUUGAAUUUUUUAUUAAUAUAUAAUGUUCUUUGUCCCCUAUAAUCUUUUUUUUUUUGAGAUGUAGUCUUACUCUGUUGCCCAGGCUGGAGUGCAGUGGCUUGAUCUUGGCUCACUGCAACCUCUGCCUUCUGGGUUCAAGCAGUUCUCCUGCCUCAACCUCCUGAGUAGCUGGGAUUACAGGUGCCUGCCACCACGCCUGGCUAAUGUUUGUAUUUUUAGUAGAGACAGGUUUUCACCAUGUUGGUCAGGCUGAUCUUGAACACCUAACAUCAGGUGAUCUGCCCACCUUGGCUUCCCAAAGUGCUGGUAUUAUAGGCAUGAGCCACUGUACCUGGCCCCAUGACCUUUUUUGAUUUAAAGUCUAUUUUGUCUGAUAUUACUAUAGCCUCCCUGCUCUCUUUUGGUUACCGUUUACAUGGAGUCUCUCUUUUUUUAAUCUUUUAACUUUUAUCUGUUUGUGUCUUUUGAUCAAAUGUGAGUCUUUUGUACACAGCAUAAAGUUGGAUUUUUAAAAAUCCGUUUGCCAGUCUUUGUCUUUUGAUUAGAAAGUUUAAUCCCAGCUGGGCAUGGUGGCUCACACCUGUGAUCCCAGCACUUUGGGAGGCUGAGGUGAGUGGAUUACUUGACAUCAGGAGUUCCAGACCGGCCUAGCCAACAUGGUUGAGACCCCUGCCUCUACUAAAAAUAGGAAAAUUAGCUGGGUGUGGUGGUGUGCACCUAUAAUCCCAGCUACUCGUGAGGCUCAGGUGGGAGAAUUACUUGAACCCAGGAUGUGGAGGUUGCAGUUAGCUGAGAUCAUGCCACUACAAUCCAGCUUGGGUGACAGAGAGAGACUGUCUCAAAAAAAAAAAAAGAAAGAAAAUGUAAUCUAUUUAUCUAUUUACAUUUAAAGUAAUUACUGUUAAGAACGUCUGUUAUGUUGCUAUUUGUUCUCCACAUGCCUUAAAGCUUUUUUGUCCCUCAUUUCCUGCAUUACUGUCUUUUGUGUUUAGUAGUUUUGUAGUGAAACAUUUAAAUUCAUUUCCCUCUGUUUUGUAUAUAUUCUAUAGCUAUUUUCUUUGUGUAUGUUUGUGUGUGUGUGUGUUUUUUUUUGUAGGAAGGGUCUUCUCUGUCACUCAGGUUGGAGUGCAGUGGUGGAAUCAUUGCUCACUGCAGCCUUGAACUCAAGCACUCCUCCUGCCUCGGUGUCACAAGUAGCUGGGACUACAGGCUCUUGCCAUCACACCAAGCUAAUUUUCAGUUUUUUUGAAGAGACAGGGUUUCAUCAUGCUGCUCCAGGCUGGUAACUCCUAGACUCAAGCAAUCCUCUUGUCUUGGCCUCCCAAAGUGCUGGGAUUACAGGUAUGAGCCACCACAUCCAACGUGUGUCUUAGUUUUUUUUUUUGUUUUUGUUUUUGAGAAAUGUUAAGUUCUUAGUUUUUAACAAAAAAGCUCAAAAAGUAAAAAAUACUUUUUAAAAUAAAAAGCUUGUAAGGACAUUAAGUAUUUUUGUAUAGCUAUAAGAGUCAAAAAGUUAAGUUUAGGCUGGGUGUGGUGGCUCACGCCUCUAGUCUCAGCACUUUAGGAGGCUGAGGCAGCUGGAUCACUUGAGCCCAAGAGUUUGAGACGAGUCUGAGCAACAUGAUGAAACCCCAUCUCUACAAAAAAUACAAAAAUCAGCCGGUUACGAUGGUGCAGUCUUGUAGUCCCAGCUACUUGGGAGGCUAAGGCAGGAGGUUUGCUCAAGUCCAAGGAGAUCGAGGCUGCAGUAAGCCAUGAUCAUGCCACUGCACUCCAGCCUGGGUGACAGAAUGAGACCCUGUCUCCAAGGGAAAAAAAGGACACUUAGGAAGCAAAACCUUGCAUUAAGCUAAAGUAAAUUUUAUUAUUGAAAAGUUUUAAAAUAAAUUUAGUGUAGCCGAAUUAGUGUUUAUAAAGUCUGCAGUAGUAUAAUGUCCUAGGCCUUCAUAAUUCAUUCACUACUCAUUCCCUCACUCACCCAGAGCAACUUCUAGACCAGUAACUGCCAUUCAUUAUGAGUGCCCUCUAUAGGUGUACUAUUUCUUAUACCAUAUUUUUACUGUUCUUUUUCUAUGUUUAGAUAUACCACCAUUGUGUUACAAUUGCCUACAGUAUUCAGUAUAGUAACAUGCCAUACCCAUUUGUAGCCUAGGAGAAAUAGGAUACACCCUAUAUGACUUAGGUAUGUGGUAGGCUAUGCUAUCUAGGUUUGUGUAGAUACACUCUGUUUGCAUUUCCCUCAUGUUUAGUGAUGUUGAGCAUGUUUUCAUAUAUCUGUUGGCCAUUUCUAUACUUUCUUUCGAGAACUGUCUAGUUCUUUUGCCCAUUUAAAAAUCCGAUUAUUUGUGGGGUUUUUUUUUUUGGUGUCGAGUUUCUUUACAUAUUCUGGAUAUUAACCCCUUGUCAGAUGCAUAGUUUGUAAAUAUUUUCUCCCAUUCUAUAUACUGUCUCUUCAAUCUGUUGAUUGUUUCCUUUGCUGUGCAGAAGCUUUUAAGUUUGCUGUCAUCCCAUUUGACUAUUUUUGUUUUGCUGUCCAUGUUUUGAGGUCUUAUCCAAAAAUUCCUUGCUCAGACCAAUGUCAAAGCAUUUUUCCUAUGUUUAUUUCUAAUAGUUUCAUAGUUUCAGGUCUUAUGCUUAAAGCUUUUAUCCAUUUUGAGGCUAUUUUUGUAUAUGAUGAUGGGGAUCUAGUUUUUUUCUUCUGCAUGUGGCUAGUGAAUUUUUGUGAUACAUCACUCAAACCGAAGGAAGGAUAAAAACCAUAUGCUCAUUUCCAUAUAUGCCGAAAAAGCACUUGGUAAUGUUCAAUAUCCCUUCAUAACCAAACAAAACGAAACUCUCAACAAAAUAGAUAUGGAAGGAACAUACCUCAGUACAAUAAAGGCCAUGUAUAACAGACCCACAGCUAACAUACUGAAUGAGGAAAUGUUGAAAGCUUUUUCUCUAAAAUCUGGAACAAGAUAAGGAUACCCACUUUCACUACUUCUAUUCAACAUAGUAUUGGAAGUUCUAGCCAGAGUUAUUAGGCAAGAGAAAGAAACAAAGGGCAUCUGAAUUGAAAAGAAGUCAAAGUUCCUGUCUUCAUAAGAUGACAUGAUCUUAUACACAGAAAACUCUAAAGAUUCCACCAAAAACUGCCAGAAGUAAUAAAUUCAAUAAAGUUUCAGGAUACAAAAGCAACAUAACAAAAAUAAGUAGCAUUUCUAUAUGCCACUAGUGAACUAUCUGAAAAAGAAAUCCAAAAUGCAAUCCCAUUCACAACUGCUACCAAAAAAAAAAAAACCUAGCAAGUUUUAACCAAGGAGGCGAAACAUCUCUACAAUGAAGACUAUAAAACACUGAUGAAAGAAAUUGAAAAACACACAAAUAGUAUCCUCUGUUCAUGAAUUAGAAUAAUUAAUAUUUUCAAAAUAUUCAUACUUCCCAAAGUGAUCUACAGAUUCAAUACAAUUUUUAUCAAUAUGCCAAUGACAUUCUUCACAGAAAUAGAAAACUCUUAAUAUUUGUAGUUUUACUUCUUUAAGUCAUUGGUCCAUUUUGAGUUAUUUUUUGUGUAUGGUGUGAGGUAAGGGUCCAACUUCAUUCUUUGCAUGUGGACAUUGUUUUUCCUUGUACCAUUUGUUUAAAAGACUAUAUUGUCCUCCCAACCCAUUAGAUUGUCUUGGCACUUUUAUUAAAAUUUAUCAGUUGACUAUAAAUGUAAGAGUUCAUUUCUGAACUCUCGAUUCAAUUGAUUCUUUAUGUCUAUCUUUAUGCCUUUAUUAUUGUCUUGAUUACUUGAUUACUGCAGCUUUAUAGAAAGUUUUGAAAUUUGGAAGUGUGAGUUUUCAAGUGUGAGUUUUCUACUUCAAGAUUGUUUUGGCUACUCUGAGUCCCUUGCAUUUCCAUAUGAAUUUUAGGAUCAGCUUGUAAAAAAAAAAAAAGUUGGGAUUUUAAUAGUGAUUGCUUUCAAUCUGUAGAUCAGUUUGAGGAUGAGCAAUAUUAUUUGAUUGUAUUAUUGAGCAUCAGAAGUGCAUUGACUUUGGAAGUAACAAAUUAGCUAAUUAGAAACAAGCCUUUUAGAGUAAUGAUGAGAGAGGAAUUUGUUGAACUAGUGCAUCAUUUAGUGGAGGGAGGCCUUUGAAACUCAGACUAAGGCAUUCGAAUUUUAUUAGAGAUUUUUAUUUUUUUUUUUAUUUCAUUUAUUUUUUUUAAAAAGAUGGGGUUUCAUUAUGAUGGCCAGGCUGGUCUUGAACUCCUGACCUCAGGUGAUCCACCCACCUCGGCCUCUCAAAGUGCUAGGAUUACAGGCGUGAGCCACUGCGCCUGGCUCAAUUAGAGGUUUUUACAGUUUUUUCCCUUAAAUUGGUCUGCAUAUGUAGAUGAUUUUAUUAUGAUUCCAGUACUAUUAUAUUUUCCAUUGCACUAAAGAGAGCUUUUUCCACACAGAAGUGGAUGAUUUUAAUCAGUCAAAAAAUAUCAAAUACCUUUCAAACAGAGUGGCCACUGCUAACCACUGUAGGAGAAUAAAAGAACUGUAACACAAACACACACGUGGGAGACUGAGGUGGGAGGAUCGCUUGAACCUGGGAGGCGGAGGUUGCAGUGAGCCAAGAUCCUGCCACUGCACUCCAGAGCAAGACUGUCUAAUUUAAAAAAAAGCCUGGGCAUGGUAGCUCACGCCUAUAAUCCCAGCACUUUGGGAGGCCAAGCCGGGUGGAUCACCUUAGGUUAGAAAUUCAAGAGCAGCCUGGCCAACAUGGUGAAACCCCAUCUCUACUAAAAAUACAAAAAUUAGCCAGGCGGUGAUGGGCACCUGUAAUCCCAGCUACUUACAUAGCUGAAGCACAAUAAUCGCCUGAACCCAGGAGGUGGAGGUUGCAGUGAACCCAGAUUGCACCACUGUACUCCAGCCUGGGCGACAGCAAUACUCCAUCUUAAAAAAAAAAAUUGUAAUAGACAGCCCUUGCUCUCAGGCACCCUACAGUUGAAUGGAGAAUAAUUACGUUUAAGGAAGUGACACCUGUUAUUUAUCCUUGCUUGCCUAAGACCUUGAAGCAAAGUACUAAGUAGACCAAGAUCAUGAGUUAUUUCUGGAAGAACAACUCCCUAUUAAAGAUUUGGCCCUAACCCCAACCUAUUAAGUAGAAAACGUGUGUCAUGUGCAAGUGGGAUAGCUUUCUCAGUGCAAAUUCAUCCACAACAGUCACUUGAGAAAAAAUCCAGAGAGAAACACCUUAGUAAUACUGCAACUUUCAAAAAAUAUUUCUCUUUAUAUAAUUGUAAUGUUUAUUAGUAGAAAUAACAAUUAUUUUAAAAUUUGAUUCUAGUAACUAUAUCCUAGGCAAAGAGCUUCCCAGGGAGAGUGGCUAUGUGUGUGUAUAUAUUUUAAUAAUUUAUUUUGCAGUUAUCUCAAAUGUAUAGAAAAGUUGCUCAAACAGUGCAAGGAAGUCCCAUGUCCCCUUCACCCAGAUUCCCAAAUAGUUAACAAUUCAUUGCACUUGCAUAUUGCUCAAUGUGUGUGUGUGCAUGUGUGUGUGUACAUGUGUAUGUAUCCCUUGUUAGUCUUUCUGAACAUUUUGAGAGUCAAGAGAGCAUAUUGAAGAGAUAGUGUCUCAUAACUCCUAAACACACCAGUGUGUAUUUCCCCCUAAACAGGGACACUUUCCUACCUAAAAACAAACUUCCACAUCAGAAAAUCAAUAUCGGUACAACACUACCAUCCAAUUCAGAUGAGAUCAGGCAUGUUCAGAGUGGUAUGCGAUUCACAGAGCUAAUUAACAUUUUGCCCACUGUCCUAACAAUGUUGUUUUCCUUUCUGGUCCAAAAUGCUAUACAAAGAUACAUAUUGCAUUUAGUUGUCAUAUAGCCUCAGUCAGAGACAGUUCCCAGUCUUUCCUGUCUUUGGAUGGUCCACAACCUGAGUUCUUUUGAUGGUAGGAAAACCAAAAAGGAUGCUUUGUUUUUUUUAUUUCACCAGGAGGCUCACAAUGUAGACUCCUACCAACACUGGUGAUGUUAACCAUGAUCACCUGAUCAUGUUGGUUGCCUCCAUUCACUGUUUUCCCCUCUGUAAUCGAGUAGUAUUCCCUGGGAGAAGCAUUCCAAAAUCACACCAAUAUUCCAUGCCUCAUAGAACAUCUACCCACUAGCCUUGUCGUUCAUUGAAGACUCCUGCCUGAAACAUCCUCCUCGGUAGUUGUCAAAUGGUGGUUCUGUAUUUCCAUCCUUCUCUCUACACUUCUGGGUUGGCAUCCUACUGUAGAGUUUUCCUUUUUCUCUGUAUCAACACGGACUUUCAUAUUCCUAUUUUAUUCAAUGGGUUGUAAUCCAUUAUUGUCGUUGUUUACUUUCAUGCUCAAAUUGUCCCUUAUUUGGCCCAUGGAGUCCCUUCAAGCUGGUUUUUAACACUGCAACAUUUUAAAGUAUAUAUAUUGCCAAGAUUCAUCCAUGUUGUGUGUGUGGCUGCAGUUCAUUAACUUUGACUGCUUUUAAGAUGCCAUUUUGUGAAUAUACCACAGUUUGUUGGUCCACUCUUCCACUAAUCCGUCGACGGGCACUUGGGUUGUUUCCAGGUUAUUGCUAUCGUGUUUUGCUAUUCUAGCUCUUUAAUGGUAAAUUUUGAAUGCAUUAAAAUUUGUAUUAACAUGAUAAACUUCAGGUCUGUUUAUUGUACAAAUAUUAAGAACCUAGAAGCAAGGUCAUUUUGUACUCUCAUCAACAGUGCAUGACACGCUCAUUUGAGAAAUAUUGUCUUAUUGCAUAUUUCAUGGAGAAAUAUUUAAAUGGUGUUUUCAAAUCCGUUUAAGAAAGGCCUUUUUCUUUAAAUAAGCUUUCUUUUGUUGUUUUCCCUCUUAUUAUGGAGAAAUACUGAAAUAAAGUCGAGAAAGCAAAAUGUAAAGGUGGAAACCUGCGCCCUUAACCCAGACUCUUGCCAAGUUAAACGCGGAAACGACAAGAACUCGAAGUCAGGCGGCGGCAGCCGACGCCAGGGCGCAGGCGCAGGAACUCAGCGUCCCGCUCCCUGCUCCGGUCCCCAGAAAGUUAUCGCGAGUCUUGGAAUAAGCUUGCUGCGAUUGCCAAAAGUAAGUUCUCGCGAGAGGUAGUUGGUUGCUAUAGUUGUCAAAAGCGUAACUGCGGCUGCCGCAGAGACCAAAGAAAACCGGAGGGACUUUACCCAGUUGGUGAUAUGGAGCAAGUGCCAUCAACAGGCAGACUCGUGCAGAUCACUGUGACAGAGGGAUAUGAUUUGAAAGGUUUUAAAGGAGAUACUCCAGUUACCUUUAUUCGUGCAGAAUUCAAUCAAGUGGUUCUGGGAGACUCUGCAAAAAUUACUGUUUCUCCAGAAGGAACUGCAAAAUACAAUUUCACUAGCAGUUUUGAGUUUAAUCCUGAAGGAGGAAUCACUUUAGAUGACCUCGCUCACAAACCUGUGUUCUUAACUGUGACUGAAGUUUUACCGAAGGAAAAGAAACAGAAAGAAGAGAAGACCUUAAUUCUUGGUCAAGCUGUGGUGGAUCUUCUUCCCUUACUGGAAGGACAGAGUUCAUUUCAAACAGCAGUUCCAUUGCACUCUGUGCAGGGCUCGCCCUUAGAGACUCCUAGAUCAAGUGCUAAGCAGUGCAGUCUUGAAGUUAAAGUAUUAGUGGCAGAACCUUUACUGACCACAGCCCAGAUCUCAGGGGGCAAUCUACUGAAGAUCACAUUGGAGGCUGCUUACUCUGUGCCUGAAUCCUUCAUUCCAACAGGUCCUGGGCAGAACUAUAUGGUCGGUCUGCAAGUGCCAUCAGUUGGAGAGAAAGACUAUCCCAUUUUAUUUAAGAAUGGAACUCUGAAGCUUGGAGGGGAAAGAGAACCUGUUCCCCGGCCCAAAAAGUGGCCAAUUGCCAACAUUCUGGCUCCAGGAGCUAAUAACAUUCCUGAUGCAUUCAUCAUUGGUGGUCCCUAUGAAGAAGAAGAUGGAGAACUCAACCAUCCUGAGGACAAGGAAUUUAGGAAUCAAGCAGAGUGCAUAAAGAAAAGGAUUAUUUGGGACUUGGAAAGUCGCUGCUACCUUGAUCCUCCUGCAGUGGUCAGUUUUCAGAAGCGAAUCGCUGAUUGCUGGCUUUGGCCUGUAGAGAUCACAAGAGUUCCUCUGAUUACUGUAUCCAAAGGGAAAGCUGGCAAAACUGAAAAGACUGAUGAAGAAGGUCAGCUUUCGUUUCAUGGUGUGGCUUAUGUUAAUAUGGUCCCAUUGUUGUAUCCAGGUGUGAAGAGAAUUCGGGGAGCUUUUCAGGUUUACCCUUACCUAGACAGUGUAGUCCAUGAAAAGACCAAGUGUUUAUUCAGCUUGUUCCGGGAUAUUGGCCAUCACUUGAUUCAUAAUAAUAAAAUAGGAGGAAUUAAUUCUCCACUGUCCAAACCAGCUGUUCCUAAGAAUCUGAAAGAAGAUAAACCAGUAAAAGAAAAGGAUAUAGAUGGAAGGCUUAGGCCUGGGGAUAUGGCACCUAGUAUAAAAUCUCAGAGCUCAGAUACUCCUUUGGAAGUUGAACCCUCUCUGAGUCACAAUCCUGAAGGACAGCAAUACAUAGAAGCAAGGACAUACAUUGUGUUAGAAAUUCAGCUGGACAAAGCCUUGGUUCCGAAGCGAAUGCCAGAGGAGCUAGCCAGAAGGGUUAAGGAAAUGAUUCCUCCAAGGCCUCCUCUUACCCGUCGGACAGGAGGAGCUCAGAAGGCAAUGAGUGACUACCACAUACAGAUCAAGAAUAUUUCUAGAGCCAUUCUAGAUGAAUACUACAGAAUGUUUGGAAAACAGGUGGCCACACUGGAGAGUGAUAUGGAUAGUGAAACGUUGGAGGAGCAGAAGUGCCAGCUGAGCUAUGAACUUAAUUGCUCUGGAAAAUACUUUGCUUUUAAAGAACAACUCAAGCAUGCUGUGGUAAAGAUUGUGAGAGAGAAAUACUUAAAGACAACAUCAUUUGAAAGCCAGGAGGAACUGCAGACAUUUAUCAGUGAGCUCUACGUGUUCUUAGUAGAUCAGAUGCACGUAGCCCUAAACCAGACCAUGCCAGACAAUGCCCAAGGUACUACUGCAACCAUUUAUACAAGCAGUGAACAGCUUCGACUCUUUGCAUUUGAAGCAGAAGUCAAUGAGAACUUUGAAAUGGCAGCAGCAUAUUAUAAAGAGAGAUUGGUUCGUGAGCCCCAGAAUCUGGAUCACUGGUUGGACUAUGGUGCCUUCUGCCUCUUAACUGAAGACAACAUCAAAGCACAAGAGUGUUUUCGGAAAGCCCUUUCCCUCAACCAGAGUCAUAUCCACAGCUUGUUGCUGUGUGGUGUCCUGGCUGUCCUGUUGGAGAACUAUGAGCAAGCAGAAAUUUUCUUUGAGGAUGCUACUUGCUUGGAACCAACUAAUGUUGUAGCCUGGACUUUACUUGGUUUGUACUAUGAAAUUCAAAACAAUGAUAUUCGAAUGGAAAUGGCGUUUCAUGAGGCCUCCAAACAGCUUCAGGCACGAACGAUUCAGACACAAGUAACAAAGCAAAAGAGCAUUGGUACUGUAGAGGACAUUGAAGAAGGAGGGAAGAGAGAAUCUGGUUCGGGCCCUUGGGGAAUCACAAAUGGUUCUGCAACAGCAAUCAAGGUGGAAGCCCCAGCAGGACCAGGAGCUACAUUAUCUAUUCUAGACAAAUUUCUUGAAGAAUCCUCCAAACUGCAGUCUGAUUCACGAGAACCCAUUUUGCCUACACAAGCUUGGGAUCCAAGUAUAAACCAAAAAUCAUCUAACGCAUUUAUCAAGAAGGUACCAACAAAGAAAGAAGUAUCAAAAUGCGAAGGUUCAUCAGCUCUUCUGCAUCCUGGCCUUCAUUAUGGUGUUUCUCAAACUACCACCAUCUUCAUGGAGACCAUACGUUUCUUGAUGAAAGUCAAGGCUGUGCAGUUUGUGCACAGAGUGCUUGCACAUGAGCUGUUAUGCCCUCAAGGAGGUCCCAGCUGUGAGUAUUACUUGGUGCUGGCCCAGACACACAUUCUUAAGAAGGACUUUGCCAAGGCAGAGGAAUACCUCCAACAAGCAGCCCAGAUGGACUACCUGAGCCCCAAUGUCUGGGGCCUGAAGGGCCAUCUCUAUUUUCUGAGUGGAAAUCAUGCUGAGGCCAAGGCAUGCUAUGAACGAACCAUUAGCUUUGUAGUGGAUGCUUCUGAGAUGCACUUCAUCUUCCUGCGACUGGGACUCAUCUAUCUGGAAGAGAAAGAGUAUGAAAAGGCAAAGAAAACCUACAUGCAAGCCUGUAAGAGAUCACCUUCAUGCCUUACCUGGCUAGGACUGGGAAUCGCCUGCUAUCGGAAGUGCCUUUUGCCUCCCACCAUGAUUCUGAGGCAUCCCCAGCCAUGUGGAAUUCUGGACGAGCUCACAGAGGCUGAGGAUGCUCUCUCUGAAGCCAAUGCAUUGAACAACUACAAUGCUGAAGUAUGGGCAUAUCUGGCUCUGGUCUGCCUGAAAGGCGUCUGCACCGAGGGGAGGUCGGGAUCUCGGCUUUCUGGCCCCAAGAUGGACCAGGUGCCUCCGCCAUAGCUUCUGUCGCCCGGUUGCCUGUGAAGUGACUGGACUGUACGAGGGAUCCGUGGAGAGGAGGCCAGGACACCUGGAAGCUGUGAAAUGAAAAGGAGUUUGAAAAAAAAUAGAGUUCACUUGAGCAAACAGUGAUUCCUGAAUGAGAAACACCCAGUCAUGGCUUGUGGUUUAAUAACGGAAAAACCAGAACUCUGCAAAAUAACUUGAACUAGAUUCUACGCCGAAUAAGAGAGAACAUGACCAAGGGAAACAACCCUCUGAAGCCUCCAAUGUUUCAGGAUUCAGUGGCCUUUGAGGAUGUAGAUGUGAACUUCACCCAGGAUGAGUGGGCUUUGCUGGAUCCUUCCCAGAAGAAUCUCUACAGAGAUGUAAUGCAGGAGAUGUUCAGGAACGUGGCUUCUGUAGGUAAAAAAUUGAAAGAUCAGAAAAUUGAAGAUGAGUACAAAAAUCCCAUUCUAGAUGACAUGCUGAAGAAGAAAACUCCUCCUUAAGUAAAAUCACAAAGAUCAGAAAAUUGAAGAUGAGUACAAAAAUCCCAUUCUAGAUGACAUGCUGAAGAAGAAAACUCCUCCUUAAGUAAAAUCACAUGGAGAAGUCAGCAUGGGUCAUGCAUCCCUUAGAAGGCACCUCAGAGCUGACACUGGACACAAGCCAUAUGAGUAUCAGAAAUACGGACAGAAGCCAUAUAAAUACAUACUGUAAGAAAGCCUUCAGUGAUCUCCCUUACUUUCGAACACAUGAAUGGGCUCACACUGGAGGGAAACCUUAUGACUGUGAUGAAUGUGGAAAAAGCUUUAUUUCCCAUUCAAGCAUUCGAAAACACAGGAUAAUGCACAGUGGAGAUGGACCCUAUAAAUGUAACUUUCAUGGGAAAGCCUUGAUGUGUCUCAGUUUGUAUCUUACCACAAACAAACUCACACUGGAGAGAAACCAUAUGAAUGUAAACAAUGUGGUAAGGCCUUUAGUCAUUCUGGUAGUCUUCGAAUACAUGAAAGAACGCACACUGGGGAGAAGCCCCAGUGGGGAGAAUACAUGAAAGAACGCACGCUGGGAGAAGUAGUGAAUGUGGGAAAGCAUUCCAUAGUUCCACAUGCCUUUAUGCACAUAAAAUAACUCACACUGGGGAGAAGCCAUUUGAAUGUAAACAGUGUGGGAAAGCCUUUGUUUCUUUCAAUUCCAUUCGAUAUCAUGAAAGGAUGCACACUGGAGAGAAACCCUAUGAAUGUAAGAAUGUGGGAAAGCCUUCAGAUCUCACACCUUGGAACACAUGGAAGGACUCACACUGGAGAGAAAUCUUAUGCAUAAAUUAUAUGUUGCAACCUUAGAAGGUGGAGUUGGUAGCUGUACCCAAGACAACCAAUAUUGGGGCUGGACUCAGCAUCGGUGGCCCAGAAGAGGUACUGGAAUUUGCUUAAAAAUGCAGUUAUGCUGCAUUUAAGGGUAUAGAUGUAUAUUCCCUGGUUAUUGAGCACAUCCAGGGGGAACAAGGCACCCAUUAAUGUAUCACUUGACUUAUAGAACUUAUGGGCAGAUGAACCCAUCCACAGACUCCUCCUGUGAUAUCCAGAUGAUGCUUAGAGAAAAGAAACACAUUGUUCCAAAAGCAGGGAAGGAGAUGACUGUACAGAAGAAAAAGAUACCCCACAAGAAGCAUAAACUUAAGAGACAAAUAAUUCAGCAAAAGAAAAUGCAAAUAAAAGUUUAAAACAAAAAAACUUUAAAAUUCAUAAAACACAAAAUGACAUACUCUGUUAAAAAGUAUGCCUCUAUAAUAGCUCUCUGAUAAAAGUUGGCUAUAAUAGGUGAAAUGAAGAUAGCUGUUGGUGACCAGCAGAUUCUGGGUCUAUGAUGAGUCGAGAAGGAUACUUUUCACUUUGUUUUACAUUUUUUUAAUGCCUGAUGUUGACUUGGUAGAAAGAUGAUAAUAAAUUCUUUUGUC